CUUGCAGCAGUUUACUAAGUUUUGCUGCUUGAAAGACUCAUACCGAACUUUUACAAUGUUGAGCAUUCUGCUGCUUUUUUGCUUUGUCAAAUAUAGCGGAACCCCUCCUGUAGGAACCAGCACUAUAUCUGUGACAGGAGAAAAGGGAGGAAACACCACACUGCAAUGCCAAUUUGAGGCCAAAAAGAUUUCUUACAUUAGUUUAAAUAGUCUGUCAGAAAACAUUGAUGUUUGUCAGACUGAAGAAUGUAGUGGACAAAUAUUUAAACAAGGAAACUGUGACGUCGUCUUCAAGAAUCUGUGCUUCAGUGAUGCUGGGACAUAUAUGUUGAAUAUCUAUUACCACAAUGAUCAGGCAGAGCUGGAGCGACAAAUCAGGACGUACCAACUUCAUAUUCAGGAUGUGGUUUCUGUGAAAACAGGUGAGGAGCUGAAGUUGGAUGUUCUGUCAAACGCUGAUAAAGUGCAGCAUCAGAGCAGAAGAAGCACCGGGUGGAUGAAGGUCUGGAGCAGAACUGAUGGAGGUCAGAGUGAACGAACCACCAUCAGUGAUGUAAACCUGAUCAUUAGUUAUUUUACAGCUAGAGACUCAGGAACAUGCAGAGUUCUGGACCCUGAUGGAGAAAUCAUAAUCACAGUGACAGUCACAGAAUCAGGUACAGAAUCAAAGGAAAAAAUGCACAACACAGAUGAUGUAAAAUCUAAUGAUGCAAUAUAUAGUUCAGAUGCUUGAUUCUUCUUCUGCUGCUGUUUUGCUUCAUCUAUCAGAGCGGAACUGCCUGUAGGAACCAGAACUAUACCUGUGUCAGGAAA